AUGCUCUUAUUUUCAGCUACCCUCACCGUUUCUUUUUCUCUUGUCUUCAAUGAAACCCCAGUUAUUUUGCUUGGCUUUUUUCCUUUCAGCAUUUGUCUCUUGACUUCUCCAUGGACUUUUUCCCCACUUUGGCUUCUUGAAUUUUUCUUCGAGCUCUCGUUAGAUGUCCUUUCAUUGGGUGUUUUGAAGUUUUUAUCAUUGCCACGAUGCAUUCUCCAUUUGCUUAUAUGCCCUUUCUUGCUUCAUUCACAGACAAGUCAACAGUUUUCACUGCUGAUUAAUCCACUUCUUCCUUCUUCUAACAUAGAAUCCUUUCUUAAGUUAAAACCAUUAUUUGUUAACACUUACUUUUCUCUCUCUCUCUCUCUCUCUCCUCACUGUAUCUCUCUCUGUCUUACUAUCAUGUCUAUCUGUUUUUUGUCUUUCACCCUGUCUCUCUAUCUCUUUCCUUCUAUCUCUUUGUACCUCUGUAUCUCUCUCUUUCUCUGUUUCUGUUUCUCUGUCUGUCUGUUUCUAUAUCACACCCUCUCUUUCUCUGUUCGUCUCUAUCUUUCUAUUUGUAUUUCAUUCUCUCUUCCUGACUCUCUCUCUCUCUCUCUCUCUCUCAUUCUCUCUCUCAGUCUCUGUGUCUUUGUCUCUGACUAUCUAUUUCUUUUUGUCUCUCUGUGCCUUUGCAUCUCUCUCUCUCUCUCUUUGUUUUUCUGUCAUUGUCUCUAUUUAUCUGUCCCUCUUUCUCUCUCUCUCUCUCUCUGUCUGUCUCUAUUAUCUGUGUGGAAAAUGAUAAACAUUCAUAACAACAUCUAUCUAUCUAUCUAUCUAUCUAUCUAUCUCUAUCUACUAAAACACUAA